AUAAAUAGAUUGAAGCGUCUCGUCAAAUCGUUGAAGAGCAUGAAGUGUAGUCUUGUUGUUUUAGCGUUGCUCUCUGUAGUUGAUGUGAUAAAUGGCACAGAGCUGUUGAACGAGGAAAGAGAUAUAAGAUCCGCUACCGAAGCCGAUGUUGAGGACAUCGUGUUUACCGCCAAUGGUGCUACCUCUCUUGUGACCCAAACUGGGCUGGACGUCACCCUCCUCUGUCUCCUGCAGUCCGUGCGUGCCGCCACUCUGGUUCUAACCGGAAGUGUGCUGGGCCAGGUCCGGCAGCUGCGGUCUGAGACCGGAAGGAUUAAGUUGACCAUUGCUAACGUGACCUGUAAGGAUUCAGGACGCUACUACUGCAGGACUGAGACCACUGGCUAUGGAAACUACGCGUCGCUUGAGAUUAAUGUCUUCUGUCCUUUCCAAGUGCGAUACUCCCCCUCCCCAGACCUCACCCCGGGGAUCCAAGCCUCCCCCGGAACAAACACCAUCUACACCGUUGAGUUAUACGGGUACCCCAAGCCUACCAAAAUCGGACUUCUAACGGAAAAGAUGGGUCAAAGGUCGCCAGUAGACGUAAGCCUGUAUGAGGUGACCCACGCCCAGACUACCCCGCCCUUUGUGCUGGUGUCGGUGACCUUGUUUGACCACAGAGAGAAGGGCAAUAACUCGUAUGUGCUUGUGGUCAGCAACAGUGCUGGGGUGCUGAACUUGAGGUUCAAUGUGUUCAAGCAGUACCCCACAGUAAACAGCAGCAACGAGCUUCUGUGGAUCGAGAUCGCUGCUAUCGUCUGCGGCGGCACACUCCUGCUGAUCCUGGUGGUCACGUGCACCGUCUUCCUCAGGCGCCACGCCCAGCUGAAGAAGAAGAAGAAGAAGCGCGAGAGCCACCACCACGCAGACGACAGCGUGUACCAGAACUUCCACCUCCAGCAGAAGACGGAAGUGCUGGUGAACGUUCCCGCCAUAACUUUGAACGAGGCUGAGGAGCCAGCAGUUUAUGAUACAAGGAUUUGAACCCUUGUUAUCAGAUGGUGACACCUACAUUAGUGAUAUUCUUGUGUUCUGGUGAUUGUGAUACUUAGGGAUGAGGGUGGGAAUGGUGGUGAAGA